UAAAUACGUUGUAGGCACCCACUGCCACUACCUCGGAGCAUUUCAUGUACUAUGUAUUGAACGGAAGUGGUAAGUGUUUGUAACAUUGGCCUCACUUAGCUUAGCCACCCAGCCUCAUUGUGUGGGCUGGUUAGCAUGAACAGCAAAUGUCAUAUUGUCAAAGGGUAAGUGGAAUAAACAUCCACUUUCAUGUUGAUGGUAGAAUUGUUGCGUUUCUGUGAAAGGUUUUAUUGAACCAAUUGUACAUAAGCACUAUUUGUGAAUGAGUUAUGGAUGAAUGCACUUCACUAUUGUAUAGAAUUAUGGAAUGAAUAAUGUAGUGCUAUAUUAUGUCAGAUUUAAAUAUAUUGUUAUAUUAUAGAUACCUUAUGCAAUUAGUAUGAGUAUUGUGUGCACACUGACCCUUGACAAUAACACGUCUACUGCCUGUAGUCUGUGUUGAUUGAUUUCAUUGAUUGUGGCCCUGAACAGAAAAAUGAUGGCGAGCUAAGUGAAGGAGCCCUAGAGCCAGGAGCGCCUUGGACUCCACGGGGAUGGACUGACUACCCACCUGCUCCUUAAGGGCUGGUAGGAGGUUGGCUGCACAGCAGAUCAGCCCAACUGUUUCCCCAACUUUUCCCCCUUUGGUCACUGCCUCUCACACAAGAGGUUUUUACUAUGGUGUCACCAAGCCUUGAUGGACUAGUUGGUAUCAGCUGAAAGAAAACAUUGCAUACCUUGUAUAUUCUUGUAAAUAGCACCCACUGAAUGGCCGUUCAAUCACGUACAACCUUAAACUUUGAACCUUAACUGUCAACUAUAUAUCUUGUAUUUUCUUUUUUGGUUGUAUUGGGGUUUAUGCCCAUGCAUGUAAAUAUUGAAUACACUGCAUAAGCAAACUCAGAUUGUGUAUCGGGUCAUUUCUCCUGAGUCUUGCCUAAACUCUUCUGAUAGUCUAUUUAAAAUAAUUAAAUAACUGGUUACAGAAUGAUCCCAUCUCGCAGCAUUUUAUUUGAAACUUUUAAAAAGGCAGACUUUCUAAGCUUUUAAUGCAACUGAAAUAACAGCGGGGCAGUGAAACGGGUGACCCCGUGUAUCAAAACGAGCGCACAUAGCCACACCCACCCCUGUAAACGACCAGCCUGGCUUUGGGUGGGAUCUGCACUGCGACGCCAGUUUUCUUUACAACACAACAUUCACGUCAAAUUCAAGUACUAUGUACUGUACGGCAUUUUGAGUACCUAUCAGUAAGUACGUAUUGAAUACGGGUACUGCAUUAGUAACAUAACGGUGUCAGUGGUGGUUGAAUGUGGUGUUAAAUUAGCGGAACGGAAUUUGGUUUCAUUUGGCCGAUACAUAGUUUGUCUUGUCACGUGACUGCUGUUUGUGGAGCCAGCGUUAGCUAACGUUCAAACUUCAUCAGAAGUACUAACGUUCUCUAGAUGGCAACUUAAGGCAGCUGGCUUAUUUCAGCAAUGCUGAUUGACUUUUAAACAAAACUGUAAAACAUGAAGUGAAAGCUUGUUUUACUUUUAGUUUGAAUAUUGUUAUGAACCGAAAGAUCGUCGACUUGCUCUCCGCUUUAGAUAUCAAUGGCAAGGUUCAAAAUCCUCCCAGAUCGGUGCACUUUGUCGGUAUCGGCCGGGCUUUACUUCGUCAUGAAAUACAAUGUCGGACAAAUAAGCAGCCCAGUUGGACGUCUUGGCUCGUUUAAGAGAGGUUCAACUGGGGGAAGUGCUGUCAAGUAGGAGUAGAACCAAUCUUCUAUCGACGGUGCCGAUACCAUCGGCUGCAGCAACCGUCGGUUCGACACUCGCGUGAUGAGAUCGAUUUUUUUUCGGUGCCACAAGCAUAGCUGUAGGUUUUUGUUACUUUUUUCAUGUUUAUGGUUUAUAAAAAUGGCCACAUGAUUCCAAACGGAUGGUUUUCUUGAGCCUUAUGUUGAAUUGUUGACAAAUGUUUCCCUAAAAUAUAGUCCUGUGUAAUUUUAAUUGAUCAUAAUCAGGAUUAAAUACAAAAUCAUUGAAGGAUCUUGAAAAAGUACAUGUAAAAACUCAGUAUUAGCAAUAUUGAAUUUACUAUGACUCCUAUAUAAAUGGAUUAUUUAGGAAGUAAGAGCAUAGAAAACCUUUUUACGGCUUUCUAACGGCAUUGUUUAACGUUAUUAGAGCCCCAUAGACCUGGAAUCACACCCAGACCUCACCUUUAGGCUCCUAUUGCUCAAUGACCACACAUCAGUUCCUGGUUCUGGUUUCUGGCUGGCUGUCAAUGUAACCUAAUGCUACAUCACUGACACCUAGUGGCCACUGUGGAACACAACAGCAUUUAUGAACGUGAGUCCUUCUGCCCCGAUGGUGGGGUCUGCUGUCCCAGGGUCUGGGACCUGCGUCACCAGCGUGGCUCUGAGUGUCUCCUGUGAGAAUCUGAUGGACAUGGACGUCUUCUCCAAGUCGGACCCACAGUGUGUGCUUUACAUGAGCACCGCCGGAAGCGGCUGGACGGAGGUUGGCCGCACAGAGAGGAUCAUGAACUGCCUCAAUCCCAAGUUUUCCAAGACAUUUUGCAUCGACUACUACUUUGAGAUGGUGCAGAAGUUGAGAUUUGAAGUGUACGACAUUGACGAGAAUGUCACCUGCAGUCUGCAAGACGCCGACUUCCUGGGAGAAUUGGAGUGUACUUUGGGACAGAUUGUGUCCUCCAGGAAUCUUAAAAAAACACUCGUCAUGAAGGACAAGAGGCCCGCAGGAGGCGGAACCAUCACCAUACACGGCGAGGAAAGAACAGACAGCAGGGUGGUGCAGUUUGAAGUUGCAGGUCGACAGCUGGACAAGAAGAGUUUCUUUGGAAAGUCCGACCCUUUCUUGGAAUUCUACAGGGAGACUGACACGGGAUGGCAGCUGGCUCAUCGGACAGAGGUGGUGAAAUACAGCCUCAACCCAGCAUGGAAGCCUUUCCAAAUCCCAAUGCAGGCACUCUGUGGAGGUGAUGUGGAGAAGUCCAUCAAGGUUGAUUGCUACGACUUCAGCAGCAGUGGCUCUCAUAACCUCAUAGGAUCCUUCCACACCACACUCAGCCAAACGCAGCAGGCGACGCAGACCUACGCGGCUGAGUUUGAAUGCAUCAACAGGAAGAAGAAAGAGAGCAAGAGGAGCUACAAAAACUCUGGUAUAAUCAUCAUCAAAAAAUGCAAGGUGGUGAAGCAGUAUACCUUCCUGGAUUACAUCUUUGGCGGCUGUCAGAUCAACGUAACCAUCGCCAUUGACUUCACGGGAUCCAACGGGGAUCCCAGGACUCCGCAGUCGCUGCAUUACAUCCAGCCUGGCGGCUACAAUGAAUACCUGUCGGCUAUCACGGCGGUGGGGAAUGUCAUCCAGGACUAUGACAGUGAUAAGAUGUUCCCUGUGUUUGGCUUUGGAGCUCAGAUCCCUCCGACGUGGCAGGUCAGCCAUGAGUUUCCUGUCAACUUCAACCCCUCAAAUCCUUUUUGUGAAGGUAUAGAAGGUGUCGUCCAAGCCUACCAGCAGUGUUUGCCUCAGGUGAAGCUCUACGGUCCCACAAACUUCUCCCCCAUCAUCAACCAUGUCGCCCGCUUUGGCAGGCAGGCCUUAGAGCAGCGGAGCGCCUCGCAAUACUUCGUGCUGCUCAUCAUCACCGACGGAGUCAUCACCGACAUGGAUCAGACUCGCGACGCCAUCGUCCAGGCCUCGCGUCUUCCCCUGUCCGUCAUCAUCGUAGGAGUGGGCGGGGCUGACUUCAGCGCCAUGGAGUUCCUGGAUGGCGACAAUAACAUCUUACGCUCUGCCGCAGGCGACGCUGCCAUGCGCGAUAUCGUCCAGUUUGUCCCGUUCAGACAGUUCCGAAACGCGGGUGCUGCUGCCCUUGCCCAAAGUGUCCUGGCAGAGUUACCCCACCAAGUCGUCUCCUUCUUCAACUCCUCCGGCCUGAAGCCCCCCAGUGAUGCCAGUCUUACCUAGAAAUGGACACAGCUAGGCUGGAGCCUAUCCCGGGAGGAGGUGGGCUACACCCUGAAGUGCUUGCCAAUCAAUGUAUGUUUUAUCAAACCAAUAACUCUCUGCUUCUCAAGACCAAAAUGAAACUGAUAGCCGAUAACUUUUGUAUUUCGACGUAAGUGUAGUUGGUGCACACCUGGAGGUAAGGACUGGAAGAAAUGAGCGUGUGUUGAGUCCUAGUGAAAUACUAGUCACAUGACAACUAUCAGGAGGGUAUAGAGGGGGAGGAGCCACCUGCUGUGGCCCGGCAAGGUGCACUGUACGCGGGCACACGCUCCAUUUGUUCAUGUUUUAGGAUCUUGGAGUUCCUGCCAACGUGCUGCCCAUUUGGGUACUUUUAUCUCCGUUUGUGCCCCUGGUUUUUCUUUCCUCAUGAAAAAAAGUGAGUAGUCACGGGCCUUUUGGAAAUGUUUACACACCCACUGCACAAUGUAUACCUCUUAGUAUGGAAGUAUGCUGUGAUGGACGGACUCUUCUUUGACUGUGUUGUCCAUCUGGGACAGACACUGGACAGCUAAGUUUGCAUUACCUCCACUUCUAAUGUGGCUGAUAAGAACAGAACCAGAAAGGCAGCACUCAUCAGCGUGAUCCAAUGGCCUCAUUUCACUGGAUGAAUAAGCCAUUAUGUAACGUCGCCACAUUUCACCCCAGGUAAGGCUGAACUGAAAUGCCCAAAUAGCCUCACGUAAAUGUUAUUCCAUGCCUCGAGGGCUCCCAUAAUGUUUAGAACCCCUAAGCAGGUUUUCUACGCAAUAACUAUUCCGUGUAUGAACCAGGAAGGGUAUUUUGUACGUUUUCACAGUCAGGCCUGGAAGCAGUCCAGCAGGAUAAACCAGGGAUUACUCUACUGUUUGCAUUUCAGCCUUGCACUUUGACUCGAUGAGAAAUAUAUACAGUAUGUACACACUAUUAUGCCACAUAUGUACUGUAUAUAUACCAAUAUGAGUGAUUAUUGUUUGGAAGUGUACAUCAUUGUACGUGAAAUGAGAUACUAACGUGACUCUCAUUCAGUACAUGUCUCAAUGUCAGUCAUUUCUCAUGCAUUAGUAUUUUACCUGAUCUUUUUCAGCUUUCAUUUGAAAAGAACACACCAAUGAAAUGAUACUUGUACCUUUAAGCUUUAUUGGUGCGUCACCUCAAAUUAUAUGUAAUAUAAGCAACACUACAUGUAUUUGGAUAUGAUUUAGUGUAUGUUCAACAAUAUAAAAAUAUGCGUUUAGUCAAUUGUACAGGCAGUGUGUCGAUUUUUGGAUCGAUCCGGCCAUCCGAUGCCUUUUACUGACUCGAGUUCUCAUGGGUCAUUCACUGAAGUCAACCGGUCGUCAGUUCACUCGUCACAGAGACGGACAGGCUCCACCCCUCCGCCUGCUUGUCCCGCAUUUGAUCGCGCCUUGACACUGCCUGGCCUGCAGC